UGGAGAUGGCAUCUUUAUGGGUUCUGAGUUUUUGAUCUUGGUCUUUGUAUUCUCUUCUUGAGGAUUUGUUUUUAAAAGGGAAUUUGAAAUACCCAUCUGGUGAUAUAGCUUGGAGUGCUUGGAUUUGGUUGUUUUUCUGUCUUUGAUCUUUGGGUUUUUUACCUGGAGAUAAAGCUUGAAUCUUUGAUCUGGGUUUCUGUUUUUUCUUAUUGGGGAGUUGUUUCUAGAGGGGAAUUUGAAAUACCCAUCUGGAGAUAUAGAUUGGAGUGCUUGGAUUCAGUGGUUUUCUGGUCUUUUAGUGUUCAGUCUUCGUCAAAAUCAGAUGAAGAUGGGUCCUUUGCUUUUUUAGUAAUUUGAACUACCCAUAUGGAGAGAGAGCUGAAAAGGCUUGAAUUUUUAUUGAUUUUUGAUUCACUGUGAUCUUGGGUCCUUUUUUUCCCCUUCAUUUUCUACUAAGAAAUUUGAAUUGCCCAUCUCACAUUGUAAGACAAAAUCUCAAAUCUUGAGUAGAUUUUCUUAUCUUCUCUGAGAUUUGAAUAAGUGAUAAUUAAGUUCAAAUCUUCACUUUUUUUUUAUUACAAAUCUUAAUUGCUUUAUUUUGUUUCAUUGUUCAUAACUGAACUUCUAGCGGGAAAAAAAAAAAACCUUGAAUCUUCAUAAUCGUUCUACCAGAUAUUUGAAAACUUUAUGAUUAACAGCUUGGAUUUUCCAAAGAUUCAUAAUAUUUAGUGAAGAAACUUCACACUUCCUUGCGAUUUCAUUGCUUUGUGCUUUUGUGCGUCUUGUAAUGGAUUCUUUCAUAAAUCAUCGUUUUAUUAUCGCGUUUCUGUCUGCAAUUGCGGGUUUCCUCUUGUUGGGUAUCUGCUCAGUAGAUGGCAUUCCUGCUUCUUUUGUUUUUGGAGAUUCAUUGGUUGAUGCUGGAAACAACAACUAUAUCGUUUCUCUCUCGAAGGCUGAUAUGGUGCCGAACGGCAUUGACUUUAUGCCAUAUCGGCAGCCAACCGGCCGCUACACAAAUGGAAGAACAACUGUUGAUCUGAUAGGUCAGGAAUUGGGUUUGACGGGUUUCACACCUCCCUAUUUAGCUCCAACUACUGCUGGAGCUGCAGCUUUCCAUGGGGUCAAUUACGCGUCCGGCGGAGGAGGAAUCCUUAACGAGACUGGCAAGAUUUUUGUUGGCCGCAUCAACUUGGAUGCACAGAUUGAUAACUAUGCCAACACCAGACAAGACAUGCUCUCAAGCAUCGGCAUGCCCGAGACUUUGAAACUGUUGAAAAACUCCAUCUUCUCCAUAACAAUGGGCUCGAAUGAUUUCAUCAACAACUACUUAAUGCCCGGAGUAUCAAAUGGUGGAAGGAACUUGGUUUCUCCGGAAGCGUUCGUAGAUUCUAUGAUCACAAAAUACAGGCUUCAAUUAACAAGACUAUAUAGUUUGGAUGCUAGAAAGAUCAUUGUGGUAAACGUUGGACCUAUCGGCUGCAUUCCGUUUGAAAGGGAAAUCAAUCCAAUGGUUGGUGAGAACUGCGUCCCAUUCCCGAACCAACUAGCCAAUUCCUUCAACAUGAAGUUGAAGAGUCUUGUCAUGGAGUUAAACUUAAAUCUUGAAGGAGCUCUAUUCGUCUAUGCGGAUGUUUACCGCAUUGUAUCAGAUAUCAUUCAGAACUUCAGCAGUUACGGUUUCGAGAAUCCUUGUUCUGCAUGUUGCUCUGCUGCUGGAAGAUUUGGAGGUUUGAUACCAUGUGGGCUGUCAUCUAAAGUGUGUCUGGACCGAUCAAAGUAUGUCUUUUGGGACCCGUACCAUCCUUCAGAUGCUGCUAAUUCAAUCAUAGCAAUGCGGUUGAUGGAUGGGGAUUCUAAUGAUAUUUUUCCGAUGAAUGUUCGACAACUUGCCCAAGCUUGAUAGUGUUGCUUCAAGGGAGGGGGAUUUCUUUCCUCGUUGAUAUAGGAAAGUCGCUUUAUUUUUCUUCUUUGAUUAUAUGUUUCUAUACCAUUGAUAUUGGACGUGAUAAGGUAGGCCACAAACUGGCCAUGGCAUUAAAGGUCAUGAUUCAUUUGGUAUUUUGUUAGCAUGCUUUUCUAUGUAUGAAACAAUUUCCAUUAGUAGAAUGACAAGAUUUGGUCAUAAAACUUUUUAAAA